AUGAGGGAAUAUGAAGAAUUCAAGGUUCAGAUAAAUGGGUCAGUUUUCAUGGCACAGAAGGUUCCCAAAGAGGGUUGGACUAUGCAAGAUGAAACACCAUGGCCAGGAAUCAAUAUAUUGGAUCAUCCAACUAAGAUAUUUCUUGGACAAAGUUGUGUUCGUGAUACUGAAGGAAAUGAAUUGACAUAUUUGGUUUAUGUUUCUCGAAAGUGGAUUAUUGUUAUUGAUACUUAUUUGUUAUCUGUCAGUGAGCCCGUUCUUCAGCUCACAUACAAGAUAUUUGGAUCAUCUCCACCCAUGCAACCCUUCGACCCAGCAAAAAUGCUUACGGACUCAGGGAAGCUUCAAACACUUGAUAUUUUAUUGAAGCGCUUGCGACCUGAAAACCAUCGUGUGCUCCUGUUUGCCCAAAUGACUAAGAUGUUGAAUAUUCUAGCAGACUACAUGAAUUAUAGGAAAUACAAGUAUCUUCGACUUGAUGGAUCUUCAACUAUCAUGGAUCGACGUGACAUGGUAGGCAUUUCUUUUGACAUAAUUUGGAGUGACAUUUUUGUAUUUUUGCUAAGUACCAGAGCUGGUGGACUCGGAAUUAACCUGACAGCUGCUGAUACUGUCAUAUUCUAUGAAAGUGAUUGUAAUCCAACCUUGGAUCUACAGGCAAUGGAUAGAGCUCAUCGGCUUGGUCAGAGCAAGGAGGUGGCCAUGUUCAAGGCGACCUCUUGGCAUGAAAAAAUUUUGCUUUCUAUGGCAAAAGCCUCAGGUAGACCUGUUGCAAUCGAUAAACGAACACUGGCUGGAUCAAUGGGGAAUUUUCCUCGUGUCUUGGUGGAGGUGGAGUUGGGGGGCAACAGGGUGGAGGAGAUACAAGUAGAGAGGAGACAGCCAGGGAAGGAGACGCUUUUCUGGUUCACACAGAGAAUUAAUUAUGAAGACGACAUCGGCCGUUGCAAUUUCUGCAAAAAGUUGGGUCACUUAGCAAUGGAGUGCAGGGUGAAGAAGGCAGAUGAUAGAAGAGAAGAAGCCAUGAGGGAAGAAGGGCGGCUGGCCGACGACCAUGGCAGGCUGGAGGAGACGGUGGUGGAAAAACUCGGCAACCCCAGCAACGCUGGAAGUCCUCGUUUGGAAGGAAAUCCUGUCCCUCCCUCUUUUGUGGGAACUUCUUCUAAUAGAACCAAUCAAAAUAGAAGGGCAGAUCUGGUUGACUCUUUGAAUAGAACCCCGACCUACGUGGACCAAGGUAAUUUGGAAGUUGUACUUCCCAUUACUAACGUUCAGAAUAGGGAUACUCAGAAUCUAUUUAUGGUAAAUAACCCACUUGGGGAAAGUGGGUAUGGAUCUGGCACGGUGAAUUUGGAAUAUGGGUCGGAUGGAUCUCAAGAAUCCAGUGAAGAAGAAACUCAGCUUGGCGAUGAGGGUGAUGCCUUGGGAACGCAGGGUGCUGGGCAGAGGUUCCAGAUGAACCUUACGACCGCGGAAGACUAA